GUUGUUGAUGCCUGUUCCCAUCUCACCAAGCCUGACUCCUCCCGAGAGAUACACCGGACCAAUUGAGAACGAAUCCAGCUUUGAACCCUUCUUUAGGUGGAAAGACGUACCUGGCUGCCUGGUUGCCUGGGUAUGCGCCCCUUCUGAGAGCGGAGUGGUCAGUCUGUCCCUCUGCUUAAUAUCCGCACCAUUGUCUUGUACGUCGACCUCCGCAGUCUUCAAGGUUGGACCCAUCUCAGCAGGAUUUCAAGCGUCUCAAGCAUCGGCCCUGUGAAGAGGAUAUUCCACAGGAUUGGAGCACGUCCCUCGGCGACUUUUAUGUCCUGAUCCAGCGACCACAUCCUAAGCACUGUUCAACCACUGUGCCUGACGCUGCCAACUCUUUCCGAGCCCAGUUCGUACCUUUUCCUGGAAAUUUGGACAACAGUUCCCCCUUAGCAAGUCAUUCACAUAUCGACCCAAGUAGUUUCGACGUGCAUUCACCAGGGACGUACUCACGGUUUGGCGCCGAUAUGUCUCCGUGACCAGAGAAACUCUCCGGUCAAUCUCAGUCUCAGCCUUGUGCGCUUUGUUGCACCAUCGGAUACAUUUUGAACAACUUUAGUCCUAUAAAGUUGUCGUGGGAGCGCUGCACUGUCGAACGUCAAGCGUUCUACCACUCUAGACUCCCGUUCUAUCAGAUCUUCGCAAGUCGAGCUCAUCGCUACAAUGGCCGAAGGCUCUCACCAUCAUCACCACCACCAACCCCAUGGCCAUGGCGCAACUCAUAGCCACCAUCCGGACAAUGAGGCGUUCACUGAACUAAACCGUACACACUGGAAUGACUUCGCCUCGCGAUACACAUCGGAACCGUGGCAACGAGAUCUCCUCAAUAAGGUGACGGCGUUCAUUCACCAGCACGUCAACUGGAUUGGCGUGGACUUCGUCGACCCCUCAACCACCUUCGAGACCCCAUCACCUGCAUCCGACUCUAAACGACAGGUUCGCGUCCUGGACUACGCCUGUGGACCAGGAACCAUCACGCAUGCCCUCGGAGCUCGUGCAACGGAAUACGUGGGUAUCGACCUGAGCGAGAACAUGGUCAAGGCCUACAACGUGCGUUUUAAUCCCGACCGUCCCAGCACUGUCACCACCUCUUCAUCCGCGGACGGAGCGGCCGGACUGGACGACCGACUCGACGAGACGCUGACCGCCCGCGCCGUCGUCGGCAACCUUCUUGACCCCAAGGACCCGUCUCCGCCGCACCUCUCGGCUCCCGAAUUCUUCAACUUCGACCUCGUGGCCGUGGGCCUCGGCUUCCACCAUUUCCAAGACAUCCAGCUUGCCACGCAACGGCUGGUGGAGCGGCUGCGGCCGGGCGGAGUCUUUCUGAUCCUCGACUUUGUCACGCACGCCAUGGAGGAGAGUCCGGAUCCCGCGAAGCAGGGUGUCGCGCACACAGUGGCCCACGCUGGGUUCAGCGAGGAGGAGCUGAAGCGCUAUUUCGCGAACGCCGGACUGACGGCCUUUGCGGUCGUGAAGAUGGACGACGAGGUGCUGAUUAGGGGGGAAGCGAAGAGGAGGCCGUUCCUUGCCAGAGGUCAGAAGCUUUAGAGUUGCCGUACGGUUGUGUCUUUGAUGAAGCCCAGAGGAGAUGUGUAGCUGAAGAAUUUACGCAUCAAUCAAUCAAAGCCGAGCG